AUGUCAACAAAAAGAAAUAUAAAGUAUAUCUAUAUCCUCUUCUUCUUUAUUAAUAGUAUUCCAUUUGGAGAAGGUGACCAACAACUCAUGCUAUCACUAUACCAACAACAACAACAAUUACAACAGCAGCAACAACCUGGUGGUGGUGGUGGUGGUGGAGCUACAACUACGACGACUAAUACAGGAGGUAUUGCACAACCUAAUUUACAAAAUUUACAACAACAUCCUCAAUUACAACAAUUAUAUCAAUUACAACAACAACAACAACAACAAUCUAAUAAUAAUAAUAAUACGAAUCAAGUUCAAUUACAAUUACCUCAAAUGUCUAACCCAUACUUUUCACAACAAUUACAACAACAACAACAACAAACAAAUCCAUCACCGCAACAACCAAUUCAAAAUAACAAACAAGCGUCACCUCCUUUAAAUCCAGCUGUAUCAUCAAAUAAUAAUAAUAAUAUAACAUCACCAACAACUACUACAACUACUACGACUACAACGACACCUGCACCACCAAAAUCUAAAAAAGGAUCAAAAAAGAAUGCAGCCAAUGUAACACCUACUACUACUACUACAACUACAACUACAACUAAUACUUCAACAAUUAAUACACCAGCAACACCAAAACCAAUUGCAACAACAACUCAACCAGAUUUUGGCAGUAGGAAAGAAUCAUCACCACCUCUUUCAAACUUUGAUAGCGAUAGUGAUGAUGACGAUUCAUACAAAAAGAAUAGAAGUAGACAGAACCAGAAUUUGGCCAGUCGAAACUAUAGACAAAGAAAAAAAGAAUACAUUCGAGAUAUCGAGGAAAAGUUGGCAGUCUUGGCACUUGAAAAUGACAAGUUGAAAAAGGAGAACGUUAGUUUGAAAAAGGGAGGAGGUGUCGAGAUUAUGAAGCCAGAUCCUGCCUUUAUCACAAUGAUGAUGGAAGCCAAACAGAUUAUCAUACAGUUGGAUGUGGCUAUUAAAAAGAACGACGAACGAUCACUCAUCUAUCUCUUGCAACUGUUCCACAUCUCGAUUGAAAAGAGACAUGCAAUCGUUGAAAAGGAGGUGGAAAAGAUGGUUCACCCUUACACACAGGCCAAGUUGGCUGCAAUGGGUUACGUGCCAUCUCUCGAGAAUCCAAUGAUCUCGUCGAUUAGUGGUCCAUCGUCUGAUAAUUGGUGGUCGCGGUACAUGACUGCGGCGGCCAUCACCGACGAGCAGGCCAAGGCUAUCAAGGAGUUGCGUGCUAACCAUUGGAAAGCCGACAUUGAGUUGCGAAACGAACGUGAAAACGAGAUCCUCGAGUUUACGCGCAAGCUAGAGUCUCUUAAAAAGAACUUUGUCAAACAACGUACACUCAUGGAAGACACCCACUCUGCACUCUCCUCCAUCCUCACACCCAAGCAAGAGGCUAUGCUCCUCGUCCGUGUCCACGCCAGCUCAAGAUACGACUUUGCCAACAUGGAAAUGCUCAAAAACGUCUGGGGUAGUGUCGUCUCCAAAGAUGCUGCCUUCCCACCUCCCCCACCCCACUUUCCACAAUCCCUCCUCAAUCAGUAUAAUCCAAACGCUCCCUCUCCUCAACUUCAAGCUCAACAACAAUUACAACAAGUUCAACCAUUACAACAAAUUCAACAUCAACAUCAACAACAUCAACAUCAACAACAACAACAACAACAAUUAUUACAACAAGCCAACUUUUUACCAAUUUCAAAUGUUUAUAAUAAUAAUAAUGAUUUGAAUGGUCUUCAACAACAACAACAACAGUCACCUCAACUUGGUCAUAAUGGAUUAUCAUAUAACGCAUCAUCUUUAUUAUCAUUACCAUUAUUAUCAUCGCCACAACAUAUUUCUCAACAACAACAACAUCAACAUCAAAAUGGUAUUACACCUCCUUAUAAUUUAGAUUUGGGUUUACCAUAA